AUGGCCGGACGAGAUGACCUGAAGCUGCUCGGCACAUGGCCAAGCCCGUUUGUUACCAGGGUGAAGCUGGCACUCGCCCUGAAGGGCCUGAGCUACGAGGACGUGGAGGAGGACCUGUACGAGAAGAGCGAGCUUCUCCUCAAGUCCAACCCGGUGCACAAGAAGAUACCAGUGCUCAUCCACAACGGCGCCCCGGUCUGCGAGUCCAUGAUCAUUCUGCAGUACAUUGACGAAGUCUUCGCCGGCACCGGCCCGUCCCUUCUCCCAGCGGACCCCUACGAGCGCGCCAUUGCUCGCUUCUGGAUGGCCUACGUUGACGACAAAGUUUAA